AUGGACGAAACUUCCGAUAUUUCUGACUCAGCCAUCUUGGCCAACGUCACGGCUUUUCUUGCACAAGGGACUGAAAGUCAGAAGAAACAGCUGUGCACAUUCCUCAGAGCGCAGUCCAGCUACAUGUACUCGGCCCCUAAUGCUAUUCUUCCCACAGAAGAACUUGCCGUCAAGCUUGGAAGCAUCGAAGAACUACGCAAAAAUGAGGAGCAAUGGUCCUUUCAAAAGCCAUUUCACUUUUCCUACAUUCAACUAGCGACGCUCUGCCUAACGCCGACCGAAACUCUUAAAGAGUUUCUUCACCCAAAGCAGUUUCUUCCCAGUGUUCUAUAUCCUGAGCAUUGGUUGAAUAUUCGUAUGGGCCCCUUACGGCAUUUAAUGAGUCAUUCUAACAGUGGUUUAUGCAAGCUCCGAGACCAACGUACUUGCAUUCUAACCAAGGCUGCAAACCCAGACGUGUGCCGUAUCAUGCCUUCUUCCGUUGCCGAAAACAAGGCAGAAAUUUCCGCCUUUAUAACACCGGUAUUUUUGUCAGAUUUAUUAGGACGGUCUGGAUAUAAAAUUGGCAGGAUAUUACUCAGGGGAACUCCAAAUACCUUUGAAGAAAGCUGGAACAUGAUUUGUUUGCACCCGCUCCUACGCAUGUGGUGGUCGGAGUGUUUAUUCGGCCUGAAGUGCCUGGGAGUCGACUCCAACGGUGAGCAUUUCACCGUCAAGAUACAGUUUCACUGGAUGCCUAUGAACUCUGUCAGACCUCACCAACUGGUCGAGCCUCCUUACGACAAAGCUACCAGCGCAAUGCUGGAAUCUAUGGCGUCUGAUGUGCAGGAAGGCUAUUUUCACGGGCUGAAAUCAGGGCAGAUUUUUGAGAUUCAACUUCCUAGCGAGGAGGAUGCCGAGAAGAUGAAGGCAGCUCUGGACGUGCAAUGGGUAGCUGUUAGACUUGCAGCCUUGUCUGGCGCUGCUAGAUCUUGGGAAUGGGGGCUCGGUAACGAUUUGUAUGAUGAUGGAGAUGAUGAUGGGGCCUAUAGUACGUCUGAUGUCGAGGACGAAGAGUAG